UGAAUGGUCCUGUCAUGGUGGGGCGGGCUGUCCAAAAUCAGAUGUCCCCGCCCAGACUCUAAUCCCAUUGGUGCAUCGGGAUGCCAAAGCCGUCGGGGUCCUGCUGGAAGGGAGGCGGUGAUUGGUCAGGCUGUGCUUACAGCUGAGCCUGUCCGUUUCACGGUGCUGGAGGACGGAGGGGGCUACAGGGGAUCAUUUCCAUGGACCAUCUGUCUCGCUGGCUGCGCUCACAACAAAGAAGGACCCAGGAUGGUGUUAGUCCAUGUUGGAUAUCUGGUUCUCCCCGUCUUCGGCUCAGUUAGAAAUAGAGGCGCGCACUUCAGCAGGCAUCAGCACAGCCAUGCUACCUCCUGCCGACAUUUUCACCUGGGCGCUCCCCAGGCUCCCAUCUCAGCAGAAUUCCCUCUCGGACAUGCCGGCCAGCCCCCGCAGGCGGGCCUGGCCGCCCACCUGCCCCCUACGCACCACCCGACUCUCACUGCCCUGCCCGCACCCCCUCAGUUUCAGGACGUGCCGGGGCCUUCAUUCCUACCUCAGGCCUUACACCAGCAAUACCUCAUCCAGCAGCAGCUCAUCGAAGCGCAGCAUCGCAGGAUCCUUCCCCACUCCUCCAGAAGAGCCCAGGAGCGGAUUCCUCUGAAUUCUCACCGGUUGCGUUCGGGUUAUGAGUACUCGCCUCCCAUCCACGUCCCUCAGCCAAUAACGCAGCAGCCACGGUACCUGGCUGAAGGCACUGACUGGGAUCUCAGUGUUGACGCUGGCCUCCCUCAUCAGUACCAACUCCAGCAGCUUCCGCAGCACUAUCAGCAUUACCUGGCCUCCCCUCGAAUGCACCACUUCCCCAGGAACACGUCGUCUGCCCAAGUGGUUGUUCAUGAAAUCAGAAAUUAUCCAUAUCCCCAGCUGCAUCUGUUAGCGCUGCAAAGCCUGAAUCCCUCGAGGCACGCCACUGCUGUGCGAGAAAGUUACGAGGAGCUGCUGCAGCUCGAGGAUCGACUGGGAAGUGUCAGCAGAGGAGCUGUCCAAACGACCAUAGAGAGAUUCACCUUUCCACAUAAAUACAAGAAGAGGAAGCCUCUGCAGCUAAAGAUUGGGGAGGAGGAGGAGGAAACAGAUGUGGAUGAGAAGUGUACCAUCUGUUUGUCCAUGCUGGAGGAUGGAGAGGAUGUCAGGCGAUUGCCAUGCAUGCACCUCUUCCACCAGGGUUGCGUGGACCAGUGGCUGGCUACCAGCAGGAAGUGUCCAAUAUGCCGGGUUGACAUCGAAACACAGCUGAACCCCGACAGCUGAUGAGAUUUGACUCCUUGUGAUUCACUCAGUCUUGUGAGAUUCCUCUCUCUCUUCCAUCUCGGCUCAGCGGCCUUCCCCCACAUGCCACAGUCCGUGCGACCCGACCCUGAAGCCUCCUUCUCCACUUGGUGGGUGCUUUGCCAAAUGUCUCCAGACUUCACGCGACACAAAACCCCCUCUACUUAAUGCUUUAUUGAGCCAAGCCAGGACUUCACGAGAGGCCACGAAAGACUCUCUUUAUAUAGAAGCACAUCCUCUUGGGACGCAAACGACACUGGAACACAAAACCACACACUUUCUCAUGUACACAGGGUUUACUUGUAGCUUGCUGGUUGUGAGUGGGGUGUUGUUGCGGUUGUGGUGUUGUGCUGUAGGCAGCCACGGGCUGUGUAGCAUGUCCUCAAAGCCAUGACUUUAUGUCUGCAGAGCGGUAAACACAUAACCCACCAAACUCUCUACCUUCUCUAGUUUCUGUGUCUUUUUCUUACUCUGACAUGAUCAUAAGCUUAACAGCUACUAACCGCUCUGAUGCCAUGUUUACCUAAAGAUCUCUGUGGUCGUAGUAGAGUAGCAGUAACCAAUAAGUGAUACUUGGUGGACUAUCGCCUUCUUGGGUCGAAGCACUAGCUAGCUGAGUGUUUUGAUUCCGUCAUACAGCUUUGACUUGUUGCAAUACAGUUGUACCUUUUACUCUGGGUGGUGUAAUCUGGUUGCCCUCUUGUGCAACCAGAACCCUGGUGACUGAGUGGUGUUGUGUCUAAAAUGUAAAAAACAAAACAAAAAAUAGGCAGAAAGUGUCUUUUUUUGUUUGUUUGUUUUUAGUAUUUUUUUUUUUUUUAACCAAAAUGCAUUUUAUUGAGUUAGCUUGGGUCUGCACACAAGUUUUGUGUGUGUGUGUGUGUGUGUAACUAAACUAAUAUGGGUCAGUGGGAUGUUGAGUUUGCUUUAAGAGUUAAGAGGUUAAAUACUGCAGCUGCCAGAACUCCUACAAGACAUAAAACCAAAAAAAAAACAACAAAGGGAUGAAAUUAAAAGUUUUUAUGCACUAGGCAUGGACUGGUACGAGAUUCUUAAGUUAUGAUAUAAUAAUAAGAAUGUAAAGAAUUAAUUGUUUCAAGACAGAAAAUAAACAGUUAUUCCAAAUGCUGCUAAAAUGUUACAUUGAAAAUUAGGUAUCAUUUUAUGUAUGACAAUUGUUUUAGUUAUUUCACCUUUUGAAGCACUGGGCUUCCUUUUGCUCAAUUUUACACACUUUUGGGCAUCUCAGUGAAAGGAUUGAAUGUUCAGCAGUUUUAAAACUGAAAAUAAAAUGAAAUUUAAAAAAAGCCCUGGAUACCAGAGACUGGCCCAUGCCUCUCAUGCACUGCAGAGGUAGGUGAGAGGAUGUAGUUUCCCUUCUGCCUACAUUGAUUUUCACCUGGAAUUGACCCAAACGGCAAAACAAAGUGUACUACUGACAUGCAUGUUUCAUUGAGGUUUUUAACUGUCAGCUUGGGCAGCGCCACCUUAACUACAAGGGGUGAAAAGAUUUCUGCGCAUGACUUAGUUAAUCUGAGCUCCGACUAUAUUCUCAACACUAACAAAAAGAAAAAAAGAAAAAGAAAAGAUCAGUCAGCGGCUGCCUCCCCUGACUCGUAGCUCGCGUUUGUCCUGUCCCCCUUCGACGAUGACGGGACUCUCUUGAUGUUUACCUUAUUGCCUACGAAGAGCAAGCACAUAUGACAAUAGUUAUAGCAACAAGCUGUUUUCCUUGAACUUGCAUUAGAUGUAGAUCCAUGCAGUGUUUUAGAUGGGAGAGGAGCGUUUGUUUGUUUUUCUACAUCCUGAUCCCAUGUGUUUGUGUGACAGGCCUCCCUCCGUGGUUGCUUUGCUGGUUGCUACGCUGUAUUCCUAGAACACAUAGGGCGUGAGGCGAUGAAGGCAGCCUCGCUCUUGCAGUGCACACAGACACAAGACGACGCCACAGCAGGAAAAAAAACUAAAAUAUCACCUUUUUUUUUUUUCCUUGUUUCACUUCAGUCCCACAGAGCCAUGUUUUAAGAAUCACCUUUAGGACCCGCACCGUCCUAAGCACUGUGAUAGGAAAGGAUUAUUAGACCUUCCAGUUCCCGUCUUGUGCACUGCGAGUGUUGACACUGCCUCCUCCUAUAGUGGAGACAUCUGUGAUGACGUUUUCAUAGUUUACACAGGGUGUUGUCAGCUGAAAUGCCUUAAGUAUUUAACAAUCAUAAUUUAUUACUAAUUGUAGAUAUUGUGGGGAUGUAUUUAAUUUUAUAUAAGUUUUUUUUGAAAGAGGGAGAAAGAAAGAGAGAGCGACUGAAUCAUAAUUUAUUUAUUUAGAAAUAACGGGGGAAAAAAACGAUUACCUCAUUUUUGCAUUGUUGGAAAUGGGAAUGCUUUGCAUGCAGUUGUACUUUUUGGACAUUUAAAGUAUAUUAAAAUAAAAAAAGGAAAAAAAUAGCCCUGCUGUUUGAUCACCACAAGCUGGCUAUGCGAUGUUUACGGUCCCAGACUGAGCUACUGAGCCUGCUCUCUGUCUGUCUGUCUCCCAUGUGGUGCUGUGGAUCUUAGUUACAUUCCAUUCAAUGCAAUCUCUCUGAUCCUCCAUGCUGUGUGGACAAACCGCAAUGAAGUGAACUUGUCUUUUAGUUUGUGUUCUGUUUUGCACUCACCUGUUUGAUAUACAUGGGAACCCUCUCACUGGCAAAAACAAGCAAACAAAAAAAAAAAUUUUUUUUUGCUUAGACGUAUUAACCUGCUUUUAUUUUGUAUGCUCUGCUUCUUACAGCGCACUGUCUUAAUGUCUUAUUGAAGCAUGCUCCUUUUUGGCCACUUUUGUAUUUGUCUUUGUCUUUGAUUCUAGCAGUCUUGGAUUCUUUUUCCAAAAAAAAAAAUCUUCAAAGACAUAAGCAUAACAAGUGCCUCGCUUUAGGUGUACUGAGAUAUUUCCAAGACACUGAAACCACCAACAACAAUCAGUCCAUGAAGCCCCCUGUCUUAUUGGUUGCAUAAAUAAUUGAAGGAGUGGAGCUAAGACAUGUGAAAGCCAUUCUAAUUAAAGAGACGGUUCAGAUUUUGCUUUUUGGGGUUCUGUGGAGAGAUUCAGAGCAGAUCUUAGCCUUAGCUUAACUAGCACAUAAUGUUUUGCCUAAUGCUAACCUCUAUAGGUUAACACAAAUAUGAGGAGUAACUAUUUACUUAUUUAUUAAUUGCUGCACAAAUACAUUUCCUGCAGCCAGCUGCUUAGCAGACAUGCCACUCCUGGUUUGCCAACUAAACAGUAUUACCUUUCGAUGAGUGACAGGAGGCAGCGCUCCUUUAUUUGGCACAUCAUGGUUGACUUUCACAACUUGGAAAGUUUUCAAAGGCACAAAAUUUGUUUUAGUUGUAAGCCAGUAAAAGAUGUAACAUUGUCUGGCUGCAAAUAAGAGAGAAAAACUUUACUCAUUUAGGGACCUUUUUCUAAUAUCUCAUUUGAAAGACUUUCUGAGACCUUGACACACCGCAAUGCCUCAUAACCUCUCCAAAGAACUCCACUUCUAAAAGAAAUAUCAAAACUCUCUUUAAAAAUUUGUAAUCAGACUGUUAUAAAGGCAUACUUUUACAGCAUUACUUUGAACAUUUAUUUGGACUAAGAAGAGGCAUGUCUCUUCUUAGUCCAAAGAAGAGACAUGGGUUUUCUAAAGGCCGCAGUGUUUUUAUUUAUUUUUUUUUUUAGUUAAUUUUCUCGCCCUGCAUGUUUUCACCCUUCUUGUUCCUUUUCACUUUCCGUCCUUCUUUUGCUCAAUCUGCUCCCUUUCUUCUCGCAGUCUAAGCGAACAGACAUGGAUUACAAAGCACAACUUUUUUCUAAAAAUGCAUGUUUUCUCAGGUGCCAGUACAGUUGCGAUGAUUUAAUAGUAUAUUGUGAAACUAUAUACAAAGAAUACAAAGAGAAAACAAAUUAGAAUUUUUUUUCUUUUCUUUUUGUUGCUCGAUUCUGAAGAACAAACGCAAAGAGAAAAUAAGCCAAAAUGUGCCAGUGAAAGGGCUGCCGCCAUCCUUGUGUGAAUUUCUGCUGUUUAGCUGUGACUGCGCAGUGUUUCCAGUAUGGUUUAUUUUAUCUGAAAAUAGAAGUAUUUAUCAUUAAUAUUAAAGCAAUAGCGCAUUAACAGUAAUGAGUGUGCUGAUGAAGAAACGAGUGAGAAUAUUAGAGGUAAAUGUUAGAUUCACAUGUGGUGGGAUUUUGUACUUUAUUUAUUAUUACUACUAAUAAUGACAUAAUGAUUUUAAGGUUUGCAUUGCUAAGCCCAAACUCUCUUAUUUUCUUUUUUUUAUUGUUUAAUUUCAUUUCAUGGCUUGUAUAUUAUCCUUUUUUAUGUGCUCUUUUUGUAAUAAACUGGAUUAAACUGAA